GGCUCGCACCGCUGCCGGGGCCGGCUGCAGCACCGGACCUGGAGCCCGGCCCGGGCCCCGAAGGUGCCCGCCCAGAGGCCGGCAGCCACCCACCUCACCUCGGCUCCAGUCAGUACACGACAGGCAGGCCCGCUCAGAAGCUCGUCGCGCCGGACCGCACCCGGACCGAGGCCGUGUAGUGCAUCGCAGUGCACUCGGCGCGCAGCGCGAGCGCAGCGUCGCGGUAGCGCACCAUAGGCGCAGAGCGACAGCAGCAGCCAUGUUCAAGAUUGCCGUCGACUGGAGGAAGGUGUACCAAGGAUGCAUCCCCCAGCGCUACGUGCUGGCCAUCAUGGGCUUCCUGUGCCUCGUCAACAUGUUCACGAUCCGGGUGUCGCUUAACGUGGCCAUCACGGAGAUGGUCCUGGAAGGCAACGCCAGCGCCCAUGGCGGCACCGAGUUCGUGGACCCCGACGCCUGCGCGGAGCCGGAGGCGGCCAACGCGAGCGUUCGUCACGUGACCACCGUACCGGAGGACGACCGGUUCGAGUGGGACGAGGUGAUGCAGGGUGUGCUGCUCUCCUCGUUCUACUGGGGGUACACGCUGACGCAGAUUCCUGGUGGGCUGCUGGCCGACCGCUUCGGCGGGAAGCACACCCUCACGGCCGGCAUGGUGAUCUCCAUCUUGUCGACCGCGGCCGCGCCGCUGGCCGUUAGGCUGGGUGGCUGGGGAGGGAUGCUCGCGUCCCGGGUCGUUUGUGGCCUCGGCCAGGGCGUCAUGUUCCCCGCCAUCAACGUGCUGCUGGCGGCCUGGGUCCCCGCCGAGGAGCGCGGCAAGCUCGGCGCCCUGGUGCUGUCGGGCACUAACCUGGGCACGGUGGCGGGCACGGCCGUGUCCGGGACCCUCAUCCACUUCCUGGCGUCCUGGGACGCGGUGUUCUACGCCUUCGCCGCCGUCGCCUCCGUGUGGACCGCGUGCUGGUGCGUGCUCUGCUACGACUCGCCCGCCGCCCACCCGUACAUCUCCUCGAGCGAGAGCAAGUACCUCCAGGACAAGCUGAGCCACAAGCACGCCAAGGGCGGCGGGCCCAUACCCUGGAAGGCCAUCCUCACCUCGCUGCCGCUGUGGGGCCUGGUGGCCAAGACGGUGGGCCACGACUGGGGCCUCUUUACCAUGAUCGCCGACCUGCCAAAGUACAUGAAGAGUGUCAUGAAGUUCCGCAUCCAUGAGAAUGGCUUCCUCUCCGCGCUGCCGUACCUCGCCAUGUGGCUGUGCUCAUUGAUGUUCGGGUGCCUCGCUGACUGGCUCAUCAAGACGGACCGCAUGUCCAUCACCAACACUCGCAAGCUGCUCACCACCAUCUCGUCACUCGGUCCGGCUGCGGGGAUCAUUGGUGCAUCGUACGCCGGCUGCGACCGCUACCUCGUCGUGUCCCUGUUCACCCUCGGCAUGGCCUCCAUGGGGGCGUACUACUCGGGCACUAGGAUCAACGCCCUGGACCUCUCGCCCAACUACGCGGGCACCAUCAUGGCCUUGGUGAACGCCAUCGGGGCGCUGUCUGGCAUCGUCACGCCUUACAUUGUCGGCCUCCUCAUUCCCAACAGUUCUAUGCAGGAGUGGCGCCUCGUGUUCUGGAUCACGGUGGUCGUGCUGAUCGCCACCAACAUGGUCUUCGUGGCGCUCGGCUCCGGGGAAGUCCAGCAUUGGAACGAGCCGGCUCGCCAGCCGCGCCAGCGUUCCCCCAGCCAGCAGAUCACACCUCAUGAGGAAGAGGAGGCACCGACGCGACUGGAGAGUUUCCGGUACAUCCCGGAGCAAUAACACACGUUGACGGCGACUACUAAUGAUUUUACAAGACUGACCAGCCUGCAGUUUACAACGAGAACUGUGGGUUGAAACUUUAAGUCCGGUUUUCGGAACUAGUUUUAGGUUUUUAAGUAUUCUGCUAAAAUAAACAAUCGUAUUUUA